AUGGAGGAGGCAUUCGAUUGGGUGUCCGAUAAUCAAGGCACAGUCGCCUUAACAUGGGUUGCUGUUGUAUUCGCCACUGCUGUGUUGUGGUUCACGACAAAAGGAGAUUCCGAAGCUGCUGUCAACUUUGAAGUGCCACUUCCCAAGCAGUGUGAACCUGAUUGGCAAGGAGAGGUUUUGCAGGAGCCUGGAUUGAAGAUCUCAGGUUCUUCUGCUGUUCAAUGUUACUGCCCAGCAACAGGCGAAUUGCUCGGCGUCAUCAACCCUUCUACACCUGAUGGUAUCGACAGAGCCAUUGCACGUGCUCAAGAAGCCCAACACACUUGGGCUCUGACGACCUUCUCGCAACGUAGAAGAGUGCUCAAGACACUUUUGAAAUACGUGCUCACACACCAAGACGAUAUCGCUACAGCAGCAUGUCUGGACUCUGGCAAGACGCGCGUGGAUGCACUUUUUGGUGAAAUUCUGGUAACAGUCGAGAAGCUCAAGUGGACUAUCGACCACGGCGAAAAGGCUCUUCAACCCUCGUCUCGCCCCACCAACCUUCUCAUGAUGUACAAGUCCAACUCGGUCGUCUACGAACCCUUGGGGGUAGUCGCCGCCUGCGUGAGCUGGAACUACCCUUUCCACAACCUCCUCGGACCAAUCAUCUCAGCACUAUUCACCGGAAACGCCAUCAUCGUCAAAGGAUCCGAACAAACAGCCUGGUCCUCCAACUACUUUGUGGAAAUUGUCAAGGGCGCUCUUGUAGCUUGCGGACACAGUCCUGAGCUCGUUCACGCUGUCACCUGCUGGCCCACUACAGCCGAACACUUGACCUCGCACCCAGGAAUAUCACAUCUGACCUUCAUCGGCAGCAAGCCAGUCGCCCACCACGUCUGCACUUCAGCAGCCAAAUCUCUCACCCCAGUAGUCGUAGAACUAGGCGGCAAAGACGCAGCCAUCAUCCUCGACGCACCCCACCAAAAACCCAUGCCCGCUUCCGAACUCUCUCGCAUCGAAAGCAUAAUCAUGCGUGGAGUCUUCCAAUCAGCUGGACAAAACUGCAUCGGUAUCGAACGCGUCGUCGCCAUGCCUCUAGCUUACGACUAUCUUCUCUCCGUCCUUCCUCCCCGCAUCCGCUCCCUACGCUUAGGAAACUCCCUCCACUCUCUCGACAUCGACGUCGGUGCCCAAGUCUCUCCCGCCAACUUCGGUAAACUGGAAUCACUGAUCGCAGAAGCCGUGUCCCAAGGCGCCAUCCUUCUCGCCGGCGGAAAACGCUACAAUCAUCCUGAAUAUCCCAGCGGUCAUUACUUUUCCCCCACGCUUCUCGCGGAAGUGACGACAGACAUGCGCAUCGCCAAUGAAGAAUGUUUCGCCCCGAUAUGUCUUCUCAUGCGCGCAGAAUCACCUUCCCACGCAAUCGAAAUCACAAAUUCCACAAUCUAUGGCUUGGGCUGCUCGGUCUUCGGCCCUUCUUCCUCUCCUCUGCAUUCCGUCGCUGCUGGCGUCAAAACAGGUAUGGUCGCCAUAAACGAUUUCGCAGCAUACUAUGCCGUUCAACUCCCCUUCGGCGGCGUCCGGGGUAGUGGGUAUGGCAGGUUCGCGGGAGAAGAAGGAUUGAGGGGUUUGUGUAAUGGAAAAAGCAUUUGUGUGGAUAGGUGGGGGUGGAUGGGUGUCAAGACUGCUAUUCCUGCUGGAUUGGACUACCCUAUGAGGGAAACGGCUUGGGAGAUGGGAAAAGGUGUCGUGGAGCUUGGGUAUGGAGAAAGUUUGCGACGUAAAAUCAGAGGGUUGAGGAGGAUGAUUGGGGGUAUGUGA